ACAACCCAAGUAGGCGGGUUCUAUGUAGUCGCUCCGAGGCCGAUGUAAGAAUAGCUUACUGCGCACGCGCAGUAGACAGCUGAUGGAGCCACGGAUGGAGCCGUCCGGAGGGGAGCAAGAGCCCGGAGCCGUCAGGCUCCUGGACCUGCCCUGGGAAGACGUGCUGCUCCCACACGUCCUAUGCCGGGUUCCGCUGCAACAGCUGCUCCGGCUGCAGCGCGUUAGCCGGGCCUUCCGGGCACUAGUGCAGCUGCACCUGGCGGGGCUGCGCCGCUUCGACGCCUCUCAGGUGGGUCCGCAGAUCCCGCGGGCCGCAUUGACCCGGCUGCUGCGGGACGCAGAGGGGCUGCAAGAGCUGAUGCUGGCGCCAUGUCACGAAUGGCUGUCAGAUGAGGACCUGGUGCCGGUGCUGGCGCGAAAUCCUCAGCUGCGGAGUGUGGUGCUGGCCGGCUGCGGGCAACUGAGCCGCCGCGCGCUGGGGGCGCUGGCAGAGGGCUGCCCCCGCCUGCAGCGCCUGUCGCUCGCGCACUGUGACUGGGUGGAUGGGCUGGCGCUGCGCGGCCUUGCAGAUCGCUGCCCGGCACUGGAGGAGCUAGACCUCACCGCCUGCCGCCAGCUCAAGGACGAGGCCAUCGCGUAUCUGGCGCAGAGGCGUGGCGCAGGCCUUCGCAGCCUCUCGCUGGCUGUCAACGCUAAUGUGGGCGACACUGCCGUUCAGGAGUUGGCACGGAACUGCCCGCAACUACAGCACCUCGACCUCACCGGCUGCCUCCGUGUCGGAAGCGACAGCGUCAGGACAUUGGCCGAGUAUUGCCCAGCGCUUCGAUCACUGCGCGUGCGGCACUGCCACCAUGUGGCCGAGCCCAGCCUGAGCCGCUUGCGGAAGCGCGGUGUGGACAUCGACGUGGAGCCGCCGUUGCACCAAGCCUUGGUGCUGCUCCAGGACAUGGCAGGCUUCGCACCCUUUGUCAACCUGCAGGUCUGAACUGCCCGCAGGUCGGGGAGCAGCUGGACUGUGUGGUGGGGACCUGACUGUGAGCUGUAGGGAAACUGGACUGUGGGGCCCUCUGGUGAGAGGUCAGUGCCCUGCCCCAUCCUGGAGUUUCAAAUAAAGAGCUUUUACCCCC